GAGGUAGACUGAGAAAUGACAAUUCGAGCGAAUGAAGUCACGCGCCUUUACCCGCGUUACUGGAGGAAGGAUCCCAAAACACCAUGGAGAGGCCUAACGAGCUAUAUUAAUGGGCCGAAAGUUAGGCCCAAACUAAACAAGCGAAGAAAAAGCCAUUUAGCUCAAGACUUAACUUUCUCGCCGGCGACGAACUUUUUGACGGAGAUGGCACUCUCUCAUCAGUCUACCUCACUCGCGACUUUACAGUCUCCGUUCGAAAAACUUCAAUUCGUCGGACUAUCUCCAAAUCGGAGAGAACUUACAAUCCCGACGACGGGGAAAACUCCCACCAGAUGUCCUUUGGUUUCGUUAUGUCGUCAUACGGCGAGAAGGAAACCGCGGACAAUCAGCUGCGUCGCCGGAGAUUUUCACGACGAUGGAGCCAGAGAAGCAUCCUCUUCUCCCUCUACUUCUAUCUCGUCGAUCUUCGUGAAGGGGCUUGCGGAUUCAGUGAGUGAAGGUCGUUUGAAGAAGGUCUUCUCGGAGUUUGGAGAUGUUAGCCAUGUAAAAAUCAUCGUGAACGAAAGGACUCGGCAGUCUCUAGGAUAUGGCUAUGUUUGGUUUACCAAAAGAGAUGAUGCACAGUUGGCCGUGGAAGCUAUGAACGGAAAGUUCUUUGAUGGCAGGUUUAUACUAGUUAAGUUUGGUCAGCCUGGACUGUCCCGUAGCCGGAGAUCACAUUCCGAUUUUCUUUUUGUGAAUAAAUGAUCUUGCUAUAUUUUAUGUUGUGAGCGAAUGUAAUAACAAAACUCUGAUUCUGAGGGACUCGAUUAUUGUAUUGUCCAAUAGAACGAUGUUGAGUGGUCACGUGCCUUCGGUGGUGUUGUGUGAUUGAUUGUUCUGACCGAUGUUAAAAAGGGUGAGAAGCAAGAUCCCUGC